UGUGCGCGCAGCGGAGGCUGGAGGAGAGAACAACAAAGAGGAGGUGGAGAGAGGAGCACUGAAAACAGGGGAGAGAAGACAAAACAACGCCCGCCAAAAAAUGAUGUGUGAGGGGCCAGACAGAGAGUAACCACAAGGUCCAUAUGGACAGCAUUGAGAGGAAACAGGACUGUGAUUGGAGUUGUUCUGAGGGUCUACAGUGUAAACCCAGAGCUUACUCUCCACUGUCAGCAUUUCACUGCAGGAAUCAGGCUGUUAGCAGCGGCGUGUUCAAUGAUGUGACGUUGUCUAAUGUGUUAGCGUGUGAGGGGAGGAAAUGUUCACUCCAGCUCAGAAUCGCAGCAUCAGUGAAUGUUACUGGUGAUAUUCGCGGGGUUUCAGUGUGUGCCGACUCUGCAGGGAUGAUAGGACAUUGCCAGAUUUAUACCUUUGGACCUGUUGGCAAAGGAAAAGCCACAGGAAAACAGGUUGAUGUGCAGUUUAAAUGUGUUCCUGUUAGACCUGGACAGCUAGUUUUUGUGACUCUCAAAACGAUUCCCGGCUACUGUAAGGCUAUUUGGACACAAAGACACCUUGUUCCUGAAUGCAGUCACGAAGGUAUCAGAGAUGAAAUUACAGAGUGCAUCACUGGGAAGCUGGCGUACACUGUAAAUAAAGCUAGGAAUAUGCUAACAGUGAAAAUAACUGAUGCUCCUGAGAACACAGAUUACAACCUCAGGCUCUGCCAUAAAAGCAAUGUCAUCUGUGCAGGGGAAGGGGCACAGAGAACGAUAAAACCACAAUAUCUAGAGAGUAGCAUAACGCUUCAUUAUUCCAAACCAUUGCCCUGUUUGUGCAUUGAGGGUUGGCCUGCUAGAGUAGAUGCACGGAGAGUUCAAGUGUGUCCAUUUAAAAACAAUUUAGAAGAACUGUGGUCUGGGAUAACUUAUGACAUCAAUAAGGAAGAGUUGAUAUGGGAGCCGCUGUGUCCUGUCAAAGUGUCGGUAUCUCUGUGCCACGCCGAUGGAGGGAAAAGCUGCCAAGACCUUGGAAAUAUUUUUCAUUCGGAGGGGCAAAAAGUGAUGUUCUCUUCCGUGGAUCCACACCCAAUGCUUUGCACGAAGUUUACCACUGAAGUGGGGAAAUGGAUAAAGUGUCCUUUUGCCAAAGGAAAUUUCCCAGUCUGGACAGCAAAGAUUACAUCCAAAGAUGGUCAGCAGUGGGUAGAGAUUUCAACAUGGGUCAAAGCCAGCUUCUCCAUUUCUAUCUGUGAGAUGAAUCCCUCCUCUCAGUGUAAACAAAUCGAAGGAAACCAAUUCCAAACCCUUUCAGUGGACAAAAUGAAGCCCACAGUUUUCAACUUGCCCAAAAGUGCGUGCGAAGUGUGUGUCUGCAUCAAGGUCCAGAGGGUAGAUGUGCACUUUUCAGUCCCUGUACUUCAGUGCGACUUGCAGUGUUGUAAGUACAUACGUAAAGCUGAAAACGGGAUCAUAGAUCGUGGAGCAGAGGGCAAGACCUGA